AUGGAGGCUGAGUCCAAGCCCCCGGUCCCGGUCGCGGUCGCGGUCACGGCCAUGGCCAACAAGUACACCAGUACCGGCGAGGAGCUUUACUUCGCAUAUGGCUCCAACCUCUCACCCACACAGAUGAAGGAGCGAUGCCCGGGAUCGACUCCAAUUGGCUUGGCCCAUCUUCCCGGCUGGACCUGGAUCAUCAACGAGCGUGGGUAUGCGAACAUCGUUCAGAUCAAUACUGAUCGCGACCCCGACGCCCCGAAGGAGCUGUCGGAAACGUCCCCCGUUGGCCACAAGACAGACGGCAAAGCAAACGGUCAAUCUGCCGCGGCACACGGGGUAUACGGAGUCCUGUAUCGUCUAGACCCAACCGAUAAGGCAACUUUGGACGUGUACGAGGGAGUCCCGUGGUCCUACGAGCGCCAGUUCGUCGAAGCAAUCUGGGUCGAAGGUCCGGACGCCGAGAAAGGCCAGAAGGUCACUGUUCUGGCCUAUGUCGACUACCUACGAGUGACGCCCGAUGUGCCUAGACCCGAGUAUAUCGUUCGAAUGAACAGCGGCAUUGACGAGGCCCUGUCGACGUGGAAGCUCCCCCAGACGUACGUGCAAGAGGUCAUGAGACCAUUCAUCCCCAACGACAACGGUGAAGCCUAG